AUGUCGCUUGAAAUACCGUUAAUGAGUACGGACGAGGUGAUAGAGCUUGAUCCUGUGCAACUGCCUUCCGGGGAUGAGGUGCUUAGUAUACUACAGCAGGAGCGCUCUCAACUCAAUGUCUGGAUUAAUGUUGCACUUGCCUAUUAUAAACAAAAGAAAAUCGAUGACUUCCUCAAAAUUCUGGAGGCAUCCCGCGUGGAUGCCAACAUUGACUAUAGAGACUUUGAACGGGACCAGAUGCGAGCCCUGGACAUGCUGGCCGCUUAUUAUGUCCAGGAGGCAAACAAGGAGAAGUCGAAAGACAAGAAGAAGGAACUGUUUACCAAGGCAACACUACUUUAUACCAUGGCUGAUAAAAUUAUCAUGUAUGAUCAGAACCAUCUCCUUGGACGUGCCUACUUCUGUCUUCUGGAAGGUGAUAAGAUGGGUCAAGCAGAUACACAAUUUAACUUUGUACUUAAUCAAUCACCGAACAACGUACCUUCUUUGCUUGGCAAAGCUUGUAUAGCAUUUAACAGGAAGGACUAUAGAGGAGCAUUAGCAUUCUAUAAGAAGGCCUUAAGAACAAAUCCAAAUAGUCCAGCUGCUUUACGACUUGGAAUGGGACAUUGUUUUAUGAAACUGAAUAAUCAAGACAAAGCCAGGAUGGCCUUUGAAAGGGCUCUACAACUGGACCCACAGUGUGUUGGUGCAUUGGUCGGACUCUCAAUACUAAAGCUGAACCUACAAGAGAAUGAAUCUAAUAAGAUUGCUGUCAUAAUGUUGUCUAAGGCCUACGCGAUUGAUCCAAAAAAUCCUAUGGUGCUAAACCAUUUGGCUAAUCAUUUCUUCUUUAAGAAGGACUACAGCAAAGUCCAGCAUCUUGCACUACACGCAUUCCACAACACGGAAAAUGAAGCGAUGCGGGCGGAGAGCUGUCACCAUUUAGCGCGGGCUUUCCACGCACAAGGCGAUUGCGUGCAAGCAUUCCAGUACUACUACCAGGCUACGCAGUUCGCUCCACCUAACUUUGUGCUACCCCAUUACGGACUUGGACAGAUGUAUAUUUAUAGGGGUGACACGGAAAACGCUGCACAAUGCUUUGAGAAAGUGCUAAAGGCUCAACCAGGGAACUAUGAAACAAUGAAGAUCCUCGGAUCCCUCUACGCCAACUCCCCCUCACAGUUACAAAGGGACAUAGCGAGACAGCAUCUCAAGAAGGUCACUGAACAGUUCCCUGAAGAUGUGGAGGCUUGGAUUGAAUUGGCUCAAAUAUUGGAACAAAAUGAUUUACAAGGUUCACUUAACGCAUACACAACUGCGAUGAAGAUUCUCAAGGACAAUGUAAAUGCGGACAUACCGGCCGAAAUAUUGAACAACGUCGCAGCCCUACACUAUCGCCUUGGCAACCUGCCUGAGGCCAAGAAAUAUCUCGAAGAAGCACUAGAGAGGGAGAAGGUAGAUGCGGAGACCUUGGACGCACAAUACUACAACUCUAUCGCGGUCACCACUAUGUAUAACCUGGCGAGGCUCAACGAAGCGCUGUGCGUUUACAACAAAGCCGAGAAACAGUAUAAGGAUAUCUUGAAGGAGCAUCCGAACUAUAUCGACUGCUAUUUGAGGUUAGGCUGUAUGGCCCGUGACAAAGGUCAAAUAUACGAAGCGUCCGAUUGGUUCAAGGAAGCUCUGAAAGUUAAUACCGAGCAUCCAGAUACCUGGUCAUUGCUGGGUAACCUUCACUUGGCGCAGCAGGAGUGGGGACCAGGGCAGAAGAAGUUCGAGAGGAUCUUACAAAAUUCUACUACAUCUAACGAUGCGUACUCAUUGAUUGCUUUAGGUAACGUAUGGCUACAGACGUUGCACCAGCCGUGCCGUGAGAAAGAUCGCGAGAAGAGGCAUCAAGAGCGAGCGCUGGCGAUGUACAAACAGGUUCUCAAGAACGAUCCCAAGAACAUCUGGGCGGCUAAUGGAAUCGGAUGUGUUCUAGCACAUAAGAGCUGUAUAAUCGAGGCGCGUGAUAUAUUCGCACAAGUGCGCGAGGCCACGGCGGAUUUCCCAGACGUUUGGAUGAACAUCGCCCAUAUAUACGUCGAGCAGAAGCAGUACAUCAACGCUAUACAGAUGUACGAGAAUUGCAUUCGCAAAUUCCGUAUGCACCACGACGUGGAGUGGCUGACGUGGUUGGCUCGCGCGCAAACGUUCGCGAGCCGUGCGCGCGUCGCACGCACCGCGCUCCUCAAAGCGCGUAGAGUCGCCCCGCACGACACCUUCCUGUUGUACAAUACUGCGCUCGCAUUGCGUCGUUUGGCCGCGCACGUGCUAAAAGACGAACGCUCCGAGCUCAAGGUCGUGUUGCGCGCCGUACACGAACUUCAUGUUUCGCAUAGAUAUUUCACGCGGCUCUCUAACGUGGAGGGCGUAGAGGGCGAAAGGACCGACCAUCCAGAAGGUGAAAAACGCCCGAACGAAACUUCAGCAAACGCUGCGGCGUUAGAAGCACGGACGUGUGCCGAUCUACUGUCGCAGGCGCAAUGGCACGUGACAAGGGCACGUCGUCAGCACCAAGAGGAGUUGGAGUUGAGGGACCGCCAACGCGAGCAAAGGGAGGCCUUCCGCAAGCAGCAGGAAGACGAGCGCAAGCGCCGCGAGGAGCAAAUGGCCAAGAGCUCGGUGGAGAUGUCGCAGAAACGGCAGGAGUACAUGGAGAAGACCAAGAACGCGUUGCUGUUCGCGGACAUGCCCAGCGAAAGCAAAAGCAAGGGGCGCGGUCGCAGGCGGGACGAGUACGUGUCCGACUCGGGCAGCGAGCCUGACAAGCCGCGGGAAGAAGGUCGGGAGCCAAAACAGCGCAAGCGCAAACGCGAGGCAGGGGAAGGUCGCAAGGGGGGUAGGAGCAAGAAACGAGAUCGCGGCAGCAACAGCGAUAGCGAUGCUCCGCGCAAGAAGGGACGCAAGAAGGGAGAAAAGGGCAUCGGGCGACGCGAAAAAGCCAAGAUGGCCGACGACAAACUCAGCCAAAAACAACGAGCGAAGAUCGUCUCCAAAGAGACAAUCUCGUCAUCAGAUUCAGAUUCAGACGCCGGCGGCCGCAAAUCCCGUAGCCGCAGCCGUAGCCGUAGCGGCAGUCGUAGCCACAGCGGCAGCCGCAGUCCACCAGCUAACAAGGGCCGCAAAAGAAUUAUGUCCGCAUCGGAUAGUGACAAAUCUCGUUCCAAGAGUCGUUCUAAAUCACGCAGCCGAUCCCGUUCUGGCUCAGCGAAAAGCCGCUCCAGAUCUAAAAGCUGUUCGAGAUCAAAAAGUGGAUCGCGUUCCAAGAGCCGAUCAAGAUCUAAAAGCCGUUCCAAAUCUAAAUCCAAGAGCCGAUCGAGGUCGAAAAGCCGUUCAAGGUCGAGAUCUAAAAGCGGAUCUAGAUCGAAGAGUCGGUCGCGAUCUCGCUCAAGGUCUAAAAGCCGUUCUCGAUCAAAGUCAAAAAGCGUUUCAAGGUCUCGUUCGAGAUCCAAGAGCGGUUCCCGAAGCCGCUCCGGUUCCCGCUCGCAUUCCGGUUCGAGAUCCAGAUCCGGUUCCCGAAAUUCGAGACCGGCCACUCCCGAAUCUAGGAAGUCUAUUUCUGCGAGUGAAGAUGAAAAUUAGUUACUAUUGUAAAUACUGAAUAGUAAAUAUGCUUAGUUAAAGUUAUAUGCUGAUCGUGGAGUACGCACGCGCCGACGGCAAUGUAAUUCUCAAGUACUUAUAAUGCGACUGACGUCAUCAGCAACUGUAUGAAUUGAAUAUUGGCGUAUGUCCCUUAUGUGCUGGAAUCAAUCGCAUUACUUUGAAACAUCCACACAAUGCUGAUGACGUCAGUAGCAUUUCAAAUAUUAAAGAGUGCGUUGUGUGACUUAAGGCUAACGCACACAGGUGAUUGCAGAACGUUUUAACUUUACCCAACGUCAACUACUAACUAGUAGCAACAAGAUACAGAUUUCAAUUGAGUUUAGAAAUUCCGUCUAGUCCGGCUUCGGCCGUGGCUGGUACCGACAAAAACAUGUCGCUACGUCGCUACAACGUUGAUCCGAUCCGGGAAUCGAAACAAAACCACGUGUUCCGUAGUUUAUUAUUAGACUAACGAGGCAGUUAAUUAUACCUCAAAGCUUAAGUUCUGCAUCUAAAGUCAGGGUUACUAGCAGAACAUAUUCAUAAAAAAUAUCGGAACAGAAUUUACGACUCUAAAAUAAGCAGCUUUAGGUUCAUUUUUACUUGACAUUGUAGUGAUUUUAUAGCCGUGUUCCGGUCUGAAGGGCGUUGUUGCCGGUGUAAUUACAGGCAGAUGAGGCUUAACAAAACCUUGUCCUACGCAUGCCCUGGGAAGUUUUGCUAUGUUUAUAGGCGAUGAGUCUCCACAUACCAUCAUCGGAACUCACUGGAAAUUGCGUAGAAAAUGUAUGAACUUUUUAAUAAAAAAAGUGGCUGCCAAGAUACAGACAGACAGACAAAUAUGAAAAAAAAACUUCAGUAUCGAUUAUAGAAGGCCCUUCAAUUUUAAUGCGAGAUGCGUUUGUUUUCUAGUUCAUACCUCUGUGGUAUUUGAGUUUGUUCUGUUUCUUCUUAUGUAUUUGCUUAUACGUUUGGUUUCUUCGGUUUACUAACGUCUGCGUAAAGUAUUUUUCGUAAAGUUAUUAGCUAGCAAAUAAAAAUUUGCAAUACUUCCUUUCUUAUUAGUGACAUGUAAUUUUUUGUAGUAUUUUACUUAUUAAUUUUCAGUUUUCCUUCUUGUAUCAUAGUUUUGUGAAAUAU